AUGGAGAUCGCCCUGGGGGCUAUCGGCCCUCUCCUCCCCAAGCUCGGUGCUCUCCUUGUCGGCGAUUUCACCCUGGAGAAACGCAUGAGAAAAGGCAUCGAGUCUCUUGUGACAGAGCUCACGUUGAUGCACGCUGCCCUCCGCAAGGUGGAGAAAGUGCCACCAGAACAACUCUACGAGGGAGUCAAGAUUUGGGCAGGAAAGGUGAAGGAGUUGUCCUACCACAUGGAGGACAUAGUUGACGCCUUCAGGGUGCGUGUGGAGGAUGGUAGCGGUCCUGCCAACCCAGAGAAUAGAGUGAAGAAGAUACUCAAGAAGGUCAAAGGAUUAUUCAAGAUUAGAAACGAUCUCCACUGGAUCUCUGAUGCUCUCAAAGAAGUUGUUCAUCAAGCUAAGCAGUUAGCCGAGCUACAUCAAAGGUACGAGCAAGAUAUGCAAGAUACAAGCGCUGGUGCUAGUGUUGACCCUCGCAUGAUGGCCCUGUACACAGAUGUGAUAGAGUUUGUCGGCAUUGAAGAAACACGAGAUGAGUUGAUCAACAUGUUGACAAAAGGUGAUGAUUGGUCAAAUCAUCCAUUGAAGAUUGUCUCUAUUGUUGGAUUUGGUGGAUCAGGCAAGACAACUCUUGCCAAAGCAGCAUAUGACAAGAUCAAAGGGCAAUUCAAUUGUUGUGCUUUUAUUUCGGUUUCUCAUAAUCCGGACGUGAAGAAAAUUUUCAAAACUUAA